AUGUCUCUCAAGCGUAAAGCUGCCGACUUGGCAACACAUGCUGUCAAAAAGCCAAAAGCAAAUGCCUCAAUUACUGCCUUCUUCGGUCAACCAAAACCGAACCCAGAAACAUCAUCCGCGAAUCCAUCGAAGCCAGCAUCGUCACCAACCGCUCCAGCAACAAUUCAGCCCAAGUUCGACAAAGACGCGUGGAUCGCCAAACUGAACGAUGAACAGAAACAACUCCUCAAGCUCGAAAUCGAAACACUCCACGAAAGCUGGCUGGCCGUCCUCAAAGACGAGGUCGUGAGCAAAGAGUUCCUCGACCUCAAGCGAUUCCUGAAAAAAGAAGUCGAAACCGGCAAAAAAGUCUUCCCACCAAGCGAAGAUGUUUACAGCUGGUCCCGACACACCCCCCUCCCCAACGUCAAAGCCGUAAUCCUCGGUCAAGAUCCCUACCACAACAUCAACCAAGCCCAUGGUCUCUGCUUCUCCGUCCGACCACCGACCCCCGCCCCACCCUCUCUGAAAAACAUGUACAUAGCCCUAAAAAAGGACUAUCCAGAUUUCUCCCCGCCUGCAAAAAACGGUGGUCUCCUGACACCUUGGGCAGAUCGAGGCGUGCUCAUGCUCAACACUUGUCUCACGGUCCGCGCACACGAAGCGAAUAGUCAUGCGAAGAAGGGGUGGGAGAGGUUUACGCAGAAGGUGAUUGACUCGGUGGCUAGUAAGAGGACGAAGGGAGUUGUGUUUCUGGCUUGGGGGAAGCCGGCACAGGAGAGGUGUUCGAAGCAUGGGAGUUCUGGGAAGCAUUUGGUUUUGAAGAGUGUGCAUCCUAGUCCUUUGAGUGCGCAUAAGGGGUUCUUGGAUUGUGGGCAUUUUAAGAAGGCGAAUGAGUGGUUGGAGGAGAGGUAUGGUGACGAGGGGGUCAUUGAUUGGAAUUUGGAUGUUAAGCCUGAGGAUGCUGGGGUUUGA